GAUACCCUUCUCCUCUGUUUUUGAGAAAAAGUUUCAGAGCAAGUAACAGAAGAACAGAGCAUAAUGGCCAUAAGAAAAUCCACUAAGCUACCGCAAGCAGAAGUGAUAAAGCAAAUAGUGAGAAGGUGUUCGAGUUUUGGAAAGAAACAGGGAUACGAUGAAGAGGGUCUUCCAGAAGAUGUGCCAAAAGGGCACUUUGCAGUGUAUGUUGGUGAAAACAGGACAAGAUAUAUUGUCCCAAUUUCAUGGUUGGCUCAUCCACAGUUUCAAACUCUUCUCCAAAGAGCUGAAGAGGAGUUUGGCUUCAAUCAUGAUAUGGGCCUUACCAUCCCGUGUGAUGAAGUUGUUUUUGAGUUUCUUACCUCAAUGAUUAGCCCCAAAUAACAUUUUUACUUUUGCUUUUCUAAUUGUAUAUAACUUCCUGCAUCUCGUUUCAUUUCU